AUAAAUAUUUUCUAAAUGUACAAAAUAUUUUUAUAGUGAGAUCUAAGCUUUGGAAGCAGAACAAGCUCUUUGUCCAAAAAGAAAAAGAAAAAGAACAAGCUCUAUUCUUCUUCGUCUUCUUCUUCUUCUCUCUCUCUAAACACUUUCACCGAUUCUUUCUUUUUCCCCCUGGGAAGAUAAUGUUUUCAUCCUCUUUGUGCUCACUUGUACAGUAACACUCCAUUCUUCUCUAGAUCUACUUAUAAACUGAUACCAUCGAAAAGUCUCCGGCAAGAUUGACUUUCAUCUUCUAAGUAAUCUCUGUAUCGUGCCAUUCAACAUCUUUUCAAAAAGAGAAUAAUCUCUGUUAUGAUGAAUCACUUGAGAGUCGAGACAGAGGAUACCUUCUCAAGCCUCCUCGAGCUAGCAGCGAACAACGACGUGGAAGGUGUAAGGCUAUCUAUAGAGAGAGACCCUUCUUGUGUAGACGAGCCUGGUCUCUGGUACGGUCGUCAAAAAGGCUCUAAAUCCAUCAUGGUCAACGAUCUGAGGACGCCCUUGAUGGUCGCUGCUACUUACGGAAGCCUUGAUGUGAUCAAGGCUAUUCUCCCUUUGACUAACGUGAACCGAGCUUGCGGGAACGAUCAGACCACCGCGCUACACUGCGCCGCCUCUGGUGGAGCUGUUAACGCUGUGCAAGUGGUUAAGCUGCUUCUCGCAGCUGGAGCUGACUUGGAUGCUUUGGAUGGUGAUGGUCAACGAGGUGGUGAUGUUAUUGUUGUUCCUCCUAAGCUUGAAGGUGUGAAGGUGAUGCUUCAGGAGCUGCUUCUCUCCUCAUCUGCUUCUCACUCUUCUCCUACUGAGUUCAAGAAAGAGUAUCCUGUUCUUGUUCUUGAUCCGUCUUUGCCGGAUAUCAAGAACUGUAUCUACGCUACUGAUGAGUUUAGAAUGUAUUCGUUUAAAGUCAGGCCUUGCUCACGUGCCUACUCUCAUGAUUGGACCGAGUGUCCUUUCGUCCACCCUGGCGAAAACGCGAGGAGGAGAGACCCGAGGAAGUUUCAUUACAGCUGUGUCCCAUGUCCUGAUUUCAAGAGAGGAGAUUGCAGACGAGGAGACAUGUGCGAGUACGCGCACGGCGUGUUUGAAUGCUGGCUUCAUCCAGCUCAGUACCGUACGCGUCUUUGCAAAGAUGGAACGGGAUGCGCUCGUCGCGUUUGUUUCUUCGCGCAUACGCCUGAUGAGCUUCGACCGUUGUACUCAUCCACCGGUUCGGCUGUUCAUUCCCCUCGGUCGGGUGCUGAGUUUGCGGCGGGGUUGAGUCCCAUGUCUCCUCUCUCGCCAUCAUCCUCGGCUAUGUCGUGGCCGCAUCCGAGUGUUCCUGCUUUGCAUUUGCCUGGAAGCAAUCUACAGUCGAGCAGGCUGAGAGCUUCUCUCAAUGCGAGAGAUGUGUUGUCGGAUUACGAGCAGGAGCAGCUCCUCAACGAGUUUUCAAACUCAUUAAGUUGGUCUGGUCGGAUGAAGACAUUGCCUCAUUCGAAUCUUGAAGAUCUUUUCUCACCUGAAGGCGGCUCUUCAUCUCCUAGGUUUACUGACUCAGCUGUUUUCUCGCCGACACACAAGUCAGCUGUCUUCAACCAGUUCCACCAGCAGCAACAGAGCAUGUUGUCUUCACCAAAGAGCGUGGACCACUCUUUGUUUUCAGGAGGAGGAAGGAUGUCGCCUCGGAACGUGGUUGAGCCAAUCUCGCCAAUGAGUUCUCGUGUUUCCAUGUUGGCUCAGCAACAGCAGCAUCGGUUCCGUAGCCUUAGCUCCAGGGAGCUUAGAUCAAACACAAGUCCUGUUGUUGGUUCACCGGUUAACAACAGCUCGUGGUGGGGUUCUUCAAAUGGUGAACCGGAUUGGGGGAUGAGCUCAGAGGAGGCACUUGGUAAUUUAAGAUCAUCUUCAUCGUUGUUUGAUGGUGAUGAUGAGCCUGAUGUGUCAUGGGUGCAGUCAUUAGUGAAGGAGUCUACUCCAAACGAGGGCAAAGAGAACUCAAAGAAACCAACAACGGUUGAAGUAGUAACUGACAAUGCAGGGCUUGAAGCUUGGAUUGAGCAAAUGCAGCUCGAUCAGCUCAUACCUCAGCAUAACUGAGAGACUAUAGACCAAUGAAGCACAUUUUUUUUAAUGGUCUUGGUCUGUCUGUCUCUCUUUGUGGUAGAUAUAAUAACCUCUUUUCGCAGGUGGUGGUUGUAAAAGGGUAACAAGGAAGGAAAGAGGUUGAAGUUUUCAUUGUUUUUGAUUUAUUAGUUUUCGCAUUAGUUAAAGGAAACAAAACAAGAAAAAGGCUUAUGGGAAGGGAGGAGAAAGAAAAAAAAAGACCUUAUUUUUCAUUUUUCUUUUUGAAUUUCUUUCUCACAUUAUCAUGAUUACUAGUAUCAUUUUAUGAUUGUUUGCUAUGAGGGGACCCUGAAAUGAAAUUCUGUAAUCUUUAAUCUUUAGGUUCUCUCUUUCCCUUUUGUAUUUAUUUUUUUUCAUCAAAAACUACAUUAUAUUAAGUUAUUGGAAAAUAUGUUUUUAUAAUAAAUCUCUUUUAAGUAA